GUUAAGAGAUGCGUUGUUUCCCGCUGGUCGGUCAACUUACUUCACUUUAUGCUGUGUUCGGUCGGGGUUUUCUUGGAACGGUGACGAUUCUCUUGUUUUUAAUUUGAGUUAUCCUAUUUCACUACGUCGAAUCAUUCUACCAUAAUAAACACCGUUGUCUCGACCUACACCUCAUAUACUUCCCAUACCCACUUUCUAUGGCGACCUCAACUGGCACCGGGUGGGCUCAGCUCCGGCAGCAAGCCCGCUCGCUCGAGACUCAGACGGAAGGCCUAUUCCACUCCUAUUCGCAGUAUGCAUCCAUGACGACGCUCCCCCCAAAACCAUCAGAAGAAGAGCUCCGCCUCGAAUCACAACUCAAAGGAUUGCUCGAGAAGCGCCAAUCCCUCGUCUCCCAACUCUCUCGCCUCCUCGACUCCGAAGCCACCCUAACCUCCUCGGCCCUGAAACAAAACAACCUCGCCCGCCAUCGCGAAGUCCUGCAAGACCACCGCCGCGAACUCCAACGCCUCACAUCUGCCAUCUCUGAAUCCCGCGACCGCGCAAACCUCCUCACAAACGUCCGCUCCGACAUCGACGCCUACCGCGCAUCGAACCCCGCCGCCGCCGAAGCGGAUUAUAUGCUCGAGGAGCGGGGCCGCAUCGACCAAAGUCAUAACGUGAUCGACGGGGUUCUGAGCCAGGCAUACGCCAUCAACGAGAACUUCGGGCUCCAGCGCGAGACGCUGGCGAGCAUUAAUCGGCGGAUUGUGGGCGCGGCGAGUCAGGUGCCUGGGAUGAAUGCGUUGAUGGGCAAGAUUGGGUCGAAGAGGAGGCGGGAUGCGCUUAUCUUGGGGGCUUUUAUUGCAGUUUGCUUUUUGUUGUUGGUUCUGGUGCGUUGAGGGGUAUGUGUUUGUGAGUUUCCGGUGACGGACCUCGAUGGAUCUCGAUUAGCGGUGAUUCCUUGUUUUCUUUUCUUUUUUCUUUGUUAUUUAUUUGUUGCUUGUUGUCUAUAGUAAGGGCGUUUGGGUCGGAAGGGGGGUCAUUUUUACUUCUGGGUCGUUUAGCUCCUUGUA